UGCUGGCCCUGUGCCCAGCUCAGUGUGUCCUGCUGCAGUCCUGCUUGUGCUGUCACCAUGGAGCCACCUGCUCAUGACAUUCCAGCUGUCACCCUUGGUAAUUAUCUCCCUUGAAAUGCCACAGCCUGGUUUGAAUUUUGUUUUCCCUCAAUUUCCGUAUUUUUAGAGCAAAGGUACUGAAUGUGAUGUGCUGUUCUCAGACAGCUGCUUUGGUGACCUGCACUGCUGUGGGGCCCUGACCUGAGGACAGCAGUGGGGUGAGCUGUUGUGAUGAACAUGCAGAGAGCCCUGGUGUCACAGCUGGGCUCUCCUUCUUCCAGGAAAGACUUUGGAAGCAGAAAUCCAAAUGUCUGAGAAGUGCCCAGGGUUAUAAUAAUUCUGUUGGCUGGACUUGCUAACAAGUGCCUAGCUCUGUUGCUUUUUGUCUUUCCUCAUGGACGGCCCAGGAGGGGAAGGAUAAGCUGAGGAUGUUCCUGCUGGACCCUCCUGGUGGGCGCUGUUAAAGCAGGAGGUGCAGGCUGGCUCUGCGGUGCCUGGCCUGCCCCUGGGACUACACGGGCCCUGCUUCCUGAGCAGGAGAGCUGCUUUAUGUUGUGGUUUUACUAAAUGAAUUCAAAGCUUGGCCUUCCUCCAGGCAAAGUCUGGGCCAGGUGCCAGCGGAGCAGCCCCCAGGGAGAGCACUGGAGCAAGGAGGGGCCAACAGCAGGGAAGAGCAGAGGAAUCCAAGAAGGCAGAUUUGCCUAGAAAACAGCUCUGUUUCCAUCUGCUGGGUCAGGAGUUGCUAUAGGAACUGGGAUGAUAGAGGCAGGGCCAUCUCCUGGGCCUGUCUGUGUGUGCGGAGGGAGGGAGGAGGGAGGAGUUACUCAAGUUUGAACAUAUCAUGUGUGUGCUGGUGGAAAGUUGCAAGGAAUGUCGAAACUACAGCCUGGCUCAACCUGUGGAGUUCCAAAGAGACCUAGCAGUGCUCAGCAGGCCCUGGCAGAGGCAGAGAUGUAGAUGGCAGCUGCUGCCUUUGAAGGACUCGUCUGACCCUGUGCAGCACCUCCAGUUGCUACCAUGAUCUUCUGCAUGCUGCUGCUGGCCUCCCUGCCUGAGCCCUCUGGCACCGAAGUCAACCCUGCAAUCUGUCGUUACCCCCUGGGGAUGCACGAGGGGACCAUCCGGGAUGAGGACAUCACUGCUUCCAGCCAGUGGUACGACUCCACAGGGCCCCAGUAUGCACGGUUACAGAGGGAAGAGGGGGAUGGAGCCUGGUGCCCAGCUGGUUUGCUGGAGCCUGAAGAUGUGCAGUUCCUGCAGAUUGACCUGCACAAGCUGUUCUUCAUCACCCUGGUGGGCACCCAGGGCCGGCACGCCCGCGCCACGGGCAAGGAGUUUGCCCGCGCCUACCGCAUCGACUACAGCCGGAACGGGGAGCGCUGGAUCUCCUGGAGGGACCGCCAGGGCACCAGGGUGAGCCUGGGGAGCUGGGUCUGCCUGGAACACUGCACUGUGCCAGGUACAUGGACACAGGUGACAGGAGGCUGCUCCUGUGUUUCUGAGGUGUGUGGCCUUCUUUUUUUAGAUGGUUUGGCAUCCUACAGCAUCCCUGAAGGAGGGACAAUAGCAGCUCCUGGCUUCCCCAUUGUUUAUCUGAAUGACUCUACCUACGAUGGCUACCAUGAACGCAGGCACCUGUAUGGAGGGCUGGGCCAGCUCACAGAUGGAGUGCUGGGGCUGGAUGACUUCACCCAGAGCCACCAGUACCGUGUGUGGCCGGGCUAUGACUACGUUGGCUGGAGGAACGAGAGCUUCAGCACGGGCGCGGUGGAAAUGGAGUUCCAGUUUGACCGCCCACGGAACUUCACCUCCAUGAAGGUGCACUGUAACAACAUGUUUUCCAAGGGGGUGAAGAUCUUCCAGAGGGUGGAGUGUCUGUUCAAACCCCGCCUGAUUGCAGACUGGGAGCCCGAGCCCGUGGGGGUGGCCACGGUCCUGGAUGACAAAAACCCCAGUGCCAGGUUUGUGACUGUGCCCCUGCAGCAGCGCGUGGGCAAGGCCAUCCUGUGCCGCUUCUACUUUGCUGACACCUGGAUGAUGAUGAGCGAGAUUUCCUUCCAGUCAGACAUGGAGAGUGUGAAUCCCAGUUUUGUUACGGUAGCCACAAGCACCACGGAUCUCCUGGAAACAGAGCACAACGUUACUGAGGGCACCUGGGGAACCACAUCUUCUGUAACCAGCACCUGGAUAGGGGAGAAGGCAGAUGACUCCAACACCUCCAUCCUCGUGGGCUGCCUUGUGGCUAUUAUUCUGCUGCUCCUGAUGAUUAUAAUAAUCAUUCUUUGGAAGCAAUAUGUUCAGAAGAGGUUGGAAAAGGCCCCACGUCGAAUCCUGGAGGAGGAUGCCACUGUUCGCCUCUCCUUCUACAGCUACACCAUUGCCAACAACCAGACCCAGAUCCACCAGUCAAAUCCCACCUAUGAACGUGCUUUCCCACUGGAUUUGGAAUAUCACCAGCCAGCCACACUGCUCCAAAAGCUUCCAGAGCUCUCCCAAAGUGCAGAGGAUUCAGUGUGCAGUGGGGACUAUGCUGAGCCCGACCUGACCAAGUCCACCCCUCACCAAGGCUUCCAGAACAACGUCCCCCACUAUGCAGAGACCGACAUCGUGCACCUGCAGGGGGUGACUGGCAACAACAUGUACGCAGUGCCAGCCCUGACCGUGGACUCCCUGACCAAGAAGGACAUCUCCGUGGGGGAGUUCCCCCGGCAGCAGCUGCGCCUCAAGGAGAAGCUGGGGGAAGGACAGUUUGGAGAGGUGCAUCUCUGUGAAGCUGAUGGCCUGCUGGAAUUCCUGGGAGUCUCAUCCUCAGAAUUCACUCACCAGCCAGUUCUUGUGGCAGUGAAAAUGCUGAGAUCAGAUGUCAACAAAACAGCCAGGAAUGAUUUCCUGAAGGAGAUCAAGAUCAUGUCCCGGCUGAAGAACCCCAACAUCAUCCGGCUGCUGGGUGUGUGUGUGAGGGACGACCCCCUGUGCAUGAUAACAGAGUACAUGGAGAAUGGAGACCUCAACCAGUUCCUGUCCCACAGGGAGAUCUACAGCAAAUUUGCCAUUUCAAACAACAUCCCCUGUGUCACCCACUCCAACCUGCUGUACAUGGCCACCCAGAUCGCCUCAGGGAUGAAGUACUUGGCAUCUCUGAACUUUGUGCACAGGGAUCUGGCAACUCGUAACUGCCUGGUGGGGAACAACUACACCAUCAAGAUUGCAGAUUUUGGCAUGAGCAGGAACCUUUACAGUGGGGAUUACUACAGGAUCCAGGGCAGGGCUGUGCUGCCCAUCCGUUGGAUGGCCUGGGAAAGCAUCCUGCUGGGCAAGUUCACCACAGCCAGUGACGUGUGGGCAUUUGGGGUGACCCUGUGGGAGAUGUUUGUGCUGUGCAAGGAGCAGCCCUACAGCCUCCUGACGGACGAGCAGGUCAUCGAGAACACGGGGGAGUUCUUCAGGAGCCAGGGCAGGCAGAUCUAUCUCUCCCAAACUCCUCUGUGUCCUAACCCUGUGUUCGACCUGAUGCUGAAAUGCUGGAGCAGGGAUAUCAAAGAUCGUCCCACUUUUGACAUGAUCCACCAGUUCCUGCUAGAACAAAUGGAAUCCAACAUUUGAGUCCAGGAAAGAGGCAAACCGUUGAGAACAGAGUGACUUUGGGGUCUCUUUGCCUGUCCCUCACAGUCAGGCCACCUGGCCCCCCUCCCUGACUGGGCCCUAUUGCAGUUGGGACGUCCAUGGCAGCUGCUCAUUCUCUUGGCCAUGGUCUGACACACAGGACCAGAGGAUCUCAUUUGGUUGGAAAAUCAUCUCCUCUUCUGAAUCAUUUCCUGGGAAUACUGUGAGAGGGGUUUUAUUGGAUACCCAUACAUCUUUGGGCAAAAGGAAUGAGUAGAACUUGGAGGGACUUGGAGCUCUCUCCUGGCUGGAAGAGAAGGCUCGGGUUGGUGAGAGUGCUGCCACUCGAGAGCAGUGUCUGGAAGGAAAUCCUGCAGCCUCCCAGAGCUAUUCCAUGGAAUCUGAUGGAAGUCUUGUGCACAUGAGCAAGUGUUUCUGUGUGCUCUUGCUACAGACAAUGGUGAGAGGCCAGAAACACCUGGAGCUGGGAAAUGGUUUAAUGGACUUGGGAACUGACGGAGCAUUUAGGAACCCUUUGGGAGUGGCACUGCCAGGGUCCACAGAAGAUGCUGAAACAAGAGUCCAAGAUGAUGUUCUGUUUUCCUGUGGUUGUUAAGCACUGCUUUGGUUAUAUAUGUGCGUUUUCCCCACACUGGAUUUUUUUUGUUGUUGUUUUCUAGGAAAAAAUGGUUUUAAAAUGAAUGUUAAAGGUCAUUGGGAGGUCACUGUGUUAGAAGAUCUUCCUCUGACCUACAAAUUAAGGUUAGGGUAGGGAGUUUGUAUUGAGAAGUAGCUGAUACUGUACUACUGUCACUAUGUAGAUUUAUUAACCUAAUGAACUUGUAGCCACAAUGGACUGAUGUGCAAUUAAUCCUGUAUAAUUACCCAUCAAUAUGAGAUCUCUAAAUCAAUGCUGUUAUGUGUGAGAGGGAACUUAGAUUUGGUAGAGGUGGAUGGCUGAGAGAAGAACCCUCUUUGUCACUUGUCACAGCUCCCAGAGAGGGACAGGAGGAGCACACAGGCCACAUGGUGUGUCAGGAGCCAAAGGUUCCUGUCCAGGUGUGCAGCAGGUUGGUGCCAUGGCCAGGCAGGGGCAGCUCAGGCUCUGUCACUGUCACAGAGGCCCCAGGGCUGGGCUGGCACAUCUCCUGUCCUUUAUCUCAGUGCAGGCUGGUUACUCAUUGAAUUUGGGGUUGCUUUUUGUGUGUCCUGUCACAAACAGCUCAUUCUCUGAAGGGUUUUAGAGGGCUCUGAAAUCCAUUUGGAAUGAGUUAGAGAAUUCAGUGUGUUUCUACAAUAAAUCCAUUGUGGAUUUACCAGGUGCCUGGGGAAUACUCUGCUAUUCCCUCUCUAAUCAUUUAGCAAGAUACUUAUAGGACCAAACCAAAUAUUUCAUAAACUGGGAGAAGAUGAAAGCUCAGCAUUUGGCUUUUUUUAAAAAAAGUAGAAUCCAGUAUAAAAUGUAUUUCCAGUAAAGAUUAUAAAGAUAAUUUUCAUCUUAGCCACAAGCAUAGAUGACUGGCUGGCUGUGCUGUGAGGGCACUGCUGAGAGGGGAAUGUCUGAGUGGUUACAACACAGGGAUAAUUGUGCUAAAAGAAGAACUCUGCUUCUGAAUGGGCAGAUGCCAGGCUGGAGCAUGGCAUGGCUGUGUUUGCUCCUUGGGAAGGCUCCAGCUGUGCCUGGGCUGUCCUGCUGGGGAUGUGUCCCCACCACAGCUGCUCCUCUGAGCCCCUUUAGGGCUGAGGAGCCAGAGGGGCCAAGUGCUCUCAUCUCCCUGCAGGGGCUCCUGCAAUCUCACCCCAAACAGGUUUUCUUUUUGUCCCCUGUGACUGGAGGGGCUUGGGGUGAGCUGUCCUUCCCUG